CACUGCACGCAACAGAAUCAAGAGUUGUUCACUAAGUUGAGAGAAAGUCAACUUUAUUGUGGUUUGCAUAGAGCUUCAUAGAGAUAUAUAUUUAUUUUUUAUUUUGCUGGGUGAUUAUCGCUGAAGGGGACCAUGGUUAUGUUGAAGAUCUCUGCUUUCCUCGUUGCCUACGCCCUGGUCAUUUGCCAGAUGUACUGCUCACAAGCCGCGCCUGCCAGACCGGGUUUAGAGUCCAUGUCAGACCGAGUCACGCUCACGGACUACGAAGCGCGAAGGUUACUCAACGCCAUUGUGAAGGAGUUUGUGCAGAUGCCGGCGGAGGAGCUGGAGCAGCAGGCAACUGAGGGAAACAGCGUUACAGCACAGAAGCGAGGCUGCAACACGGCAACCUGCGUGACUCACCGUCUGGCGGACUUCCUCAGCCGGUCGGGGGGAAUGGGUAACAGUAACUUCGUCCCCACCAAUGUCGGCGCCAAGGCUUUCGGCAGGCGGAGGAGAAGCAUCCAGAUGUGAGCAUUCCCAUCUGGGAAAUGGGGUUGAGAACCUGACGAGAAAACAUCAGAAAUAACCUGAGAAGAUAAAUCAAGAAAAACAAAAUUGACCAGAAAAUUAACACUGAACUGGCCCUUUAUCCACUCUUUCACAUUCCUCCAGGAACAGGGAAAAAAAAAAGACCCCACGGGACAUCUCCUAAUUUUCAUCCUGUUAGUGAAGCCUUUUGCUUUUGGCAAAUAAGAAAAAAAAAAAGAAAAAAAAAGGCACUUUACUUUAUGUACAUGAACAAAUGAACUCCUGAAGAAAGAAAAAAAAGUCCUAAUCAUUCCUCUUUUUUAUAUUUCCGUAUCAUUGGAAAAUAAAAUGAAAGCAGCAGUGGUAUCACUUUAUUCUUUUCCGCUUAUCACCUCGUCAGAGCACAUUUCUUCCAUGCCAACCCAACCCCAGACCCACUCCCCACUCCCUCACCUCCCGAUUUAAGAUACAUACUUCUACAUUGCUUAUAAUUCCCUUCCCUCCCGAGGGUAUCCUUUUUUCCUGUGUGCCAGAGGGACGCCAUUAAAGAUCAGCAUACCCAAGGCCCCCCCCACAACGGCUGUUGUCUUGUGCCUUGAUGUAGAACAAUUUACAUGAACAUGAUUGUACAGUUUCUGUUUAGAGACAAUAAAGAAGACCCGAGCGAGGAUGCAGAAAAUGAAGACCAAUUAAUAUUGUAAACAAUAUUGUGAAAACAAGUUUCAGCAAGAUUAAAAUGUAUUUUAGAUACACUCGGG